AUGAAUACAUCUAUCUAUCUAUCUAUCUAUCUAUCUAUCUAUCUAUCUAUCUAUCUAUCUAUCUAUCUAUAUAUAUAUAUAUAUAUAUAUAUCACAGUCUGCUCAUAUGUAUCCGUCUAUCUCAGUCUGUUCAUAUCUACCUAUCUCAGUCUUUUUAUAUCUAUCUAUCUAUCUAUCUAUCUAUCUAUCUAUCUAUCUAUCUAUCUAUCUAUCUCAUUCUUUCGAACACUGACGUCAAGUUCACACUUCUCCUUUACUUUCUUCGCUGUCACCUUUUCCCCAGAUGAUAACAACCCCGUAACACUCCUCUUCAUUCUUCUUUCUGUUCUCUUGGAAAUUGUUUUUUUCCGUCCUCUCUUUUUCUUCUUCCGCUCAUACGGCGAUCUUUCGGAUGCUGAGCCUGUCUUCUCUCUUCUUUUGGACCAAACUGAUGUCUUCUUUGAAUGCAUUCUUCUUCAGGGUUUUAAUACGUUUUCGCAUCUUUUCAAAUCUAUCUAUCUAUCUAUCUAUCUAUCUAUCUAUCUAUCUAUCUAUCUAUUUCAGUCUCUUCAUAUCUAUCUAUAUAUCCAUCUAUCACAGUCUGCCCAUAUGUAUCCGUCUAUCUCAGUCUGUUUAUUGCGUGGGACAGCGGGUAAAUGA